AUGAGGCCUGAGAACCAGAGCAGCAUGUCUGAGUUCCUCCUCCUGGGGCUCCCCAUCCCCCCAGAGCAGCAGCGCGUGUUCUUCCUCCUGUUCCUGGGCAUGUACCUGACCACGGUGCUGGGGAACCUGCUCAUCAUCCUGCUCAUCCGGCUGGACUCCCGCCUCCACACCCCCAUGUACUUCUUCCUCAGACACUUGGCCCUCACUGACGUCUCCUUUUCAUCUGUCACUGUCCCAAAGAUGCUGAUGAACAUGCAGACGCAACACCUAUCCAUCCCCUAUGCAGGGUGCAUAGCACAGAUGUAUUUUUUCAUAUUUUUUACCGACCUGGACAGUUUCCUCAUUACAUCAAUGGCAUAUGACCGAUAUGUUGCCAUAUGUCAUCCUCUCCACUACACCAUCAUCAUGAGGGAAGAGCUCUGCACCUUCUUGGUGGCUGUAUCUUGGGUCCUGUCUUGUGCCAGCUCCCUCUCCCACACCCUUCUCCUGGCCCGGCUGCCCUUCUGUGCUGCUAAUGCCAUUCCCCAUUUCUUCUGUGACCUUGCUGCCCUGCUCAAGCUGUCCUGCUCAGACAUCUUCCUCAAUGAGCUGGUCAUGUUUACAGUAGGGGUGGUGGUCAUUACCUUGCCAUUCUUAUGUAUCUUGGUAUCUUAUGGCUAUAUUGGGGCCACCAUCCUGAGGGUCCCUUCGACCAAAGGGAUCUGCAAAGCAUUGUCCACAUGUGGGUCCCAUCUCUCUGUGGUGUCUCUGUACUAUGGGGCAAUAUUUGGGCAGUACCUUUUCCCAGCAUUAAGCAGUUCCAUUGACAAGGACAUCAUUGUGGCUCUCAUGUACACUGUGGUCACACCCAUGUUGAACCCCUUUAUCUACAGCCUUAGGAAUAGGGACAUGAAAGAGGCCCUUGGGAAACUCUGCAGUAGAGCAACAUUUUUCUCACAGUGA